AUGGCAACGCAACAAGGCAACGGCGGCGGCGACAGCGACGAGGGGUGGUGGCCAGAGGGCAAGGACAACCGGAACGGUUGGCGUCUAGACAUCGUGUCCCUCCUCGCGGUUAUCGGCGAAUCUUCAAUGGCCGAACACUCACAAGCCAUGACAGCCUCCUGGAUAGGCUGCCUACCACGAAUUAUACCCGCGCCACAAGUCCUGCUAAAGCCUACCAGGCCAACACGGAUGCCACACUCCACCGCCAGCGUGGUAGGCGUGAUGAACGGCAUCCAAAUCCCCACCCUCAACUACUUCCCCAACAUCGUCCAUCCCAUCGAAGACCUGGCCCCCUUCUCCUUCCGCGUCUACAGGAUACGACACUCCUGCCACGCCCUCUCCCAACACAACGACCCCCGCUCCUGGCGCUCCGUAAACUCUCGCCACAACAGCACCCUCCCCCGGCACAACGGCUUCUUCACCACAGCCAGCAACUUCCUCCGCGGCGACUGGCUCCGCCGGACCGACCCCGAAAAAGCCCCCACCUUCUCCCCCCUCAACCUCCUCUCCAUCUUCUCCUGCGUCCUCACCUGGGCCAUCUUCGCCGUCUCCGUCUACAACCGCGACGCCAUCGCCUGCCUGGCUCUCAUCGCCAUCUCCCUCGUCAGCACCAUCGUCGGGUACGCCUCCCUCUGGUCCCCGCAGCUCAUGAAGCGCACCUCCGGCGCUGUGGUGCCCGAGGGGGACGUCGUGAUACGCACGCGCGAGGGGGCGUUUAUAGUCGUCAAGUGCGACGAGAAUGUUGCGCGCGAACUCUAUACCGGGACGGAGGAGUGCACGUACCUCGUCCACUCCGUCCGCGCCUACCGCGCGCUCAUCGGCCUCGCGACGUUCAUCCUCAUGGUCGCUGUGGUCCUACUCGGGAACUGCAAUUUCGACCAACAAGCCGCCAUCGGGAGCGCCUACAUCGUCUUAAACGGCCUCUACUGGGCCGCUUCUCUCGUUCCGAAGAAAGAGUUUUGGGAUCUGAAAAUGUAUGAGCGCGAGGACAUCACACCCGACGACUGCCGCGACGCGGAUCGCGCGCAGCCGGGGGGCGAGCCGGAUGAUCUACCGUCUUUUACGCGGACGAUGUGGUAUGCGAUCCGUGUGACGGGUGAGGUGGAGUGGGUGAGGACGAGCGGUGCGGCGCCGAAGACGAAGGAGUGGAUGAGGUGGGUGAGCGCUGCUGAGAUGCAAGUUAAGGAGCGGAAGCAGGGGUGGGAGGCAUGGAAGGCGGUGAGGGAGAAGGAUAUGUUGAUUGGGCAGGCGGAGAGGGGGAAGGGGGGGGGAGAAGGUGGGGGAGAAGGUGGGGGAGAAGGUGGGGGAGAAGGUGGGGGAGAAGGUGGGGUAGAAGGUGGGGGAGAAGGUGGGGUAGAAGGUGGGGGAGAAGGUGGGGGAGAAGGUGGGGGUUCCUGGGGAGGUGGUGGAUGAGGGACGGUGAUGACGACGGUGAGGGCGGUGGUGGUGAUGAUGAUGAUAGUGGGAUAGAUAAGGUUGUACGAGUUCCUGUUCCUUGAUACAAACCUGCAUACCAACUUCCCUACCCCUAUCUACCCACCAACGAUCGACGACACGGGUUCCCGUCCCUCGUCCACCAUGCCGUACUUCAAACAAAUGCCUCUCGGCUCCCACGCCUCGUCCGGCUCCCCUGUCCCUCUCGGCACGUCGGCGCCAAGAAAUCACAUGCGACCGAGCCACACCACCCGGGUGGCAUCACAUGUCAAUCCCACCGCCCAAUUCCUCCAACUCUCGCAUCUCGGUGUGUACUCGGUGUACUAUACAUCCAAGCAUUGGUAUUCUGGGGAGUAUGGGGCCUUGGAGAAGCUGGGACCUUCUGGGGGAGGGGACUGGGGAAAGAAGCUCUCCCCGUAAUGUGCUAAAGUCUGGGGGUUAGUCGUUUGUGGGGUUGAAGACGACGUCUGUUGAUUGAGGUUGAGGUUGGUGGUGUGAGACUUUUUUUAGAGGUGUGAUGUUUUGGGGUUGGGGGUUCAGUGUGGUUUGAGACAUGUUGUCGCAGGCUGUUUGCGGGUUGCGACGAUCCCGGUGGUGGCUUCCGGCGGGUGGGGAUUGGGGUUAUGGUGUUGGAGGAGUUGGAGAUUUGGAGAUUCUGUGUCUGAGGGUCCCGAUUUUUGAUGGAGCCCGUUUUUGUCUGUGUGAAAAAAUGCGAAACUGGGUAUUUUAU